GAGCUCUCCAGCCACCUUUUGGGGAAAGGCAAGCGGCUGCUGGGAGCUCUCAGGAUCUGCCUUCAGUGCACCAUGGGGCUCAGUGACCAGGAAUGGCAGCAGGUCCUGACCGUCUGGGGAAAGGUGGAGUCUGACAUUGCCGGCCAUGGGCACGAAGUUCUAAUGAGACUCUUUAAGGAUCACCCUGAGACCCUGGAUAAAUUUGAAAAGUUCAAAGGCCUGAAGACUCCUGAUGCAAUGAAGGGUUCUGAAGACCUGAAGAAACAUGGAGCUACUGUCCUCACCCAGCUGGGCAAAAUCCUGAAGCAGAAGGGUAAUCAUGAGGCAGAGUUGAAGCCCCUGGCCCAAACCCAUGCAACCAAGCAUAAAAUCCCCGUCAAAUAUCUGGAGUUCAUUUCUGAAGUCAUUAUCAAGGUCCUUGCUGAAAAACACGCUGCAGACUUUGGGGCUGAUGCCCAGGCUGCAAUGAAGAAGGCGCUGGAGCUGUUCCGAAAUGACAUGGCCAGCAAGUACAAGGAGUUCGGUUUCCAGGGUUAGCAC